AUGUAUUCCCAUAUAGUCACUUUCCUGUCCAUCGAUAUUGCGGACCAGGUGUUCGAAUUCAUCAUCACCAUGCCCGAGACUGACCCAUACACUCAAUUGAAGGAAGCGUUUAUCACCCGCACAGCUGUGUCUGAUGAACGUCGAUUAGAUGAGUUGUUUGGGGACUCGAAAUCGGCGACCACACCCCGUCCCAGUUCCGUAGUCGAAGUCGAAGUCGCUCGACUUCACAUACCCGCAGAAAUCACCCGCCAGCCAGCUCUAACCCUCAACAUUGCUGGUACUACCAACAAUUUGGCCCCAGAGCCAAGAAAUGCACCC